AGUCGCGCAAUGAAUCAUGGGAGCUCAGGUGUGACCAGUCUCAGGUGUCUCUACCUGUCUGUCGCUAGUUUCCUUGUUCCCGUCUCCUUCAGAACCGAGCGGACGUUUUUCUUCGGGUCUGAACUCUGUUAAACCCGGUUCUGACAGCGACCCGGUACCAGCAGCGACACUCCGGAGUCCUAAACCGACCUCGGCCUCACUCAGAGGAGUUCUUCCUGCCGCUCCGUGACGGACGGAGACACCUGACGCUGCUCACCUGACGCCGCCAUGUCAGCCGGGCUGUAAUGGCAGCAGAGCGCGAGACUCAACCGGGAGAAAGCACGAGAGGAACGAAGGAUUAGACACACACACACACACACACACUCACACACACACACUCACUCACGGAGAGACGUGGACAUGGAUUUAUUGGACUCGGGACAGAAGUUCAGUCCGAGACAGGAUCCCGACUGGGACACGGCUCUUCAGUUCCUGCCGGCCACAGACUCCAAGCAGCUGGAGAAGAAACCGGGCCGCAGGAAGAAGCUCUGGAUCGGAGUCGGCCUGCUGGUCUUAGCGGCCGCUCUGGCUCUGCUGACCGGUCUGCUGGUCUGGCACUUCAACUUACGCGCAGACGUCCGAGUGAAGAAGGUCUAUAUCGGCUCCAUGGGGAUCGAUGACCAGCCGUUCCAGCCGUCCUAUGAAGAUCCCGGCAGUCCUCAGUUUGCAGAGCUGGCCUCUCUGGUCAGCCAACAGCUGAAGCUGAUUUACUCCAAAAACUCAGUGCUGGCCAAAUCCUUCAAAGGCUGCACAGUCCAGGCCUUCAGUGAGGGGGACGGCGGAGGCGACAGCGUCGUGGCGUAUUACCAGUCAGAGUUUGACGUCCACGUUUCCCAGCAGGCUUCGCUGGAUGAAGCCAUCACGUCUCUGGAGCCGCCGGCAGGAAGUCAGCCGAGUCGACACGGACGAAUUCUGCUGAAACCCACCGACGCCCUGAGCGUCAACAGCGUCGUCUCACGAGCGAUGGACCCACGCAUGGCGAGGAGCACUUUAAAUGUCAAAAAGUCGUUCAACAUCCACGUCAGUGAAGCCGGAAUCGUCCAGUCUCCGGGGUUUCCGGACUCUUCGUACCCGCCGAACAUCUACCUACAGUGGAGGCUGAGGGCCGACCCCGGCCACCGAGUUCAACUGGACUUCCACACUCUGAUCCUGGAGGACGACUGUCAGCAAGACUUCAUCAAAUUAUACGACUCCCUGGCUGCGAUCGAACAUCGAGUCCUGGCCGAACAGUGUGGAUACCCUCAUGGCUCUUUGUCCUUCCUGUCCUCUGGAAACGUCAUGUUGCUGACCCUGGUCACCAGCGAGGAGAAGAACUUCCCCGGCUUCAGAGCCAACUACUCCCAGAUCCCUCUGACGGAGCAAAAGUGUGGACGUACACUGACUGCAGACAGAGGCUCCUUCUCAUCACCGUUCUUCCCCUCCAACUAUCCUCCACGAACCACAUGUGUCUGGAACAUUGAGGUCCCAAAGGAAAAGUUUCUGAAGGUUCAGUUCAACAAGUUCUUCUUGGGAAAUAACAGUAACCAGUGUUCCAAGGAUUAUGUCGACGUCAACAAUAAAAGACUGUGUGGCAGUAAACUAAAAAGCACCGUGAUCACCAGCCGAGGCAACACGAUGACCAUCAAAUUUAACUCGGACUCAUCCUACGUCGACCAAGGUUUCACCGCCGAGUACGAAGCCUUCAUCCCGACCAAUCCUUGUCCUGGAAGGUUCCAGUGCACCAACAACCUGUGCAUCAACAAGACUCUGCAGUGUGACGGCUGGAACGACUGUGGAGACGGCAGCGAUGAGGACGACUGCAAGUGUGACGAGUCUCAGAUGAAGUGUAAGAAUGGCCGCUGUAAACCGAAGUUCUGGGAAUGCGACGGGUUUGACGACUGCGGGGACAACACGGACGAGGACAACUGUGUAAAAUGCAAAGCAGGAGAGUUUUCCUGCAGGAACCGUCGCUGCGUCCCAGAGAAGCUGACGUGUGACGGGAAAGACGACUGCUCCGACGGAUCAGACGAGUCUCAGUGUGAAAAAUCUCUGGUGUUGCAGCAGUGUUCAGAGUUCACCUUCCGCUGCCGUAACAGACACUGCAUCAGCAAACUGAACCCAGAGUGUGACGGCGAGGAGGACUGUGAGGACGGCUCUGAUGAGGACGACUGCCAGUGCGGCAUACGGCCGUACCGCAGCUCUCGGAUCGUGGGCGGUCAGGCGUCCCGGGAGGGCGAGUGGCCGUGGCAGGUCAGCCUCCACAUCAGGGGCACGGGUCACGUUUGUGGGGCGUCGGUGUUGAGCAACCGCUGGCUGCUGACGGCCGCUCACUGUGUCCAGGACAACGGACCGAACAAGUACUCUCAGGCGGACCAAUGGGAGGCCUUGCUGGGUCUGCAUGUGCAGAGUCAGACCAACGAGUGGACGGUGAGGAGGAACGUGAGGCAGAUCAUCGCUCACCGAGACUACAACGCUUUCACCUACGACAACGACAUCGCCCUGAUGGAGCUGGACAACAACGUCACCCUCAACCAGAACAUCUGGCCCAUCUGUCUGCCUUCCCCCACCUACAACUUCCCAGCAGGCCGAGAGGCAUGGAUCACCGGCUGGGGGGCCACCAGAGAAGGAGGUCUCGCUGCGACCAUCCUGCAGAAAGCGCAAGUUCGGAUCAUCAACAGCACGGUGUGUAAGAGUCUGCUGAAAGACGAGGUCACUGACGGGAUGCUGUGUGCCGGCGUCCUUAAAGGAGGCGUGGACGCCUGUCAGGGCGACUCCGGCGGGCCGCUGUCCGUCACCGCCCCCGGUGGGCGGGUCUUCCUGGCUGGCGUGGUGAGCUGGGGCGACGGCUGCGCUCGGAGAAACAAACCGGGCAUCUACACCCGAGUCACCAGAUUCCGCAGCUGGAUCAAAGAGAACAGUGGAGUGUAGCAUAUUCAUGACUGGAGGUGGAUGUGACUUUUAAAGUCUGACCAAAAUAUUAUUAUUAUUUAACAUUCACAGCAGAAUCUUUUAUAUUAUCUGAUGUGCCAUGCAUCCAUCAGAGAUAGUUGAUGGCGUGUUCUCCGUGGAGCCGAGCGGUGCGAUCAGCUCCUGCAGCCUCAACGAGCCCAGUGACGUUUAGGGAUAUCUACUUUCAUGUUUAAUCAUAUUCAUCGUAUAAAAAACAUCAAUUUUAAAAUCCAUCCAUGCAUUAAAGACCAAAAUUAACAACUUCAUCAACAUUUACACCCAAAAUAAUUAAGUAUAUAAAAUCUGUGCACAGUUUCAAUAUUUUCUUGAGAUAAGUGGCUCUUGCAUCCAGAUAAUGAAGCUGUGAUCUUUAAUAAACAGGUUUCAAAAUGAGCAGCUGCUGUUUGCUUCUGCACAAAAGUUAAAAAAUGAAAUGCUCAGAGAACAUUUGUAUAGACUGUGAUCACGUCGGGAACUCGGGAUAUUCAUGCACAUUUUCUGCCAUAGAUACUUUAUAGGAGUAAAUUUGAAAUGUUCCUCUUGAAGCUUAACUGUCUGUAAAUAAUGAUGCUGAAUAUUCUCAGGGCUAAAAGGGAAACGCUUCAAUAUUUUCUGAGUUUGUGUUACAGCUACAGAUGUCGACGUGCUCGUCAGUAAAGCUCGUGGUUGAACAGAGUCGGUGAAUGUUUUUGUUUUUCAGAAUUACAUAAGUGUAUUUAGACUCUGUGUCAGAGCUGAUCUGAACACGUUAAACUGGAUCAACAAGUUAAUACAGUGAAGUCUGUCACACUCUCUGAACAUGGUUUAACGGUGACAGCUACCUUUUUACUUCUUGAAAUGUAUUUUGAGGUGUGGUCGUAUGAUUGGAUGGUGUGUUGCUAUAGCAACAGACAGCACUUUGUACUGUAGCUUCAUAAUACAGUCGUCCCUCGCUAUAACGUGGUUCACUGUGUUCUGCAUCCUGAUUAACUAAGGGAGUACUGUACAAAAUGUGUGUA